AUUGUAUAGUGAACCAUAUUAUAAGGAAUCUGACGUCUUUGUGAUGGUAUAUCGCACAGUGGUGGUUUAUUCAACAUUCUUUUGAUUACUAUGGGCGACGUCGUAGAAAAACGAACAUCUAGCUUGAAAAGCCCGGUAUUAUUACUUACAGGGCAUGAAGGCGAGGUGUAUUGUAUAGAGUUUUCUGCUGAUGGUCAGCUCUUGGCCUCUGGCAGUAAGGAUAAGAACAUCCUCCUAUUUGAGGUCUACGGCGAUUGUCGCAAUAUAGGCGUUCUAAGUGGCCACAAGAAUGCAAUUCUUGAAUUACACUGGAAUGCCAAUGGUGACCUUUUAUAUUGUUGCUCCGCUGACCAAACUGCAUCGCUAUGGGAUGUUGAAUAUCAGAAGCGCUCACAUAAAUAUGUGGGUCAUACUGGGAUCGUUAACAGCUGUUACCCCGGUAGAGGCGUUGUCGGAGGUCUGCUGGUAACAGGAGCAGACGACGGCACCGUGAAGCUUUGGGACCACCGUAGCAAACGUCCUAUAAAAUCUAUUGAAAAUGAUUUCCAAAUACUGUCCGUUUGCUGUGAAAAGUCUGGUGAACGUAUUUUCUACGGUAGCCUGGACAACACAAUAAGGGCCUACGACGUACGGAAUGAUAAGGAAGUUUUCAAGUUGGAGGGAUGCACGGAUUCCGUUACUAGUGUCGAUUUGAAUCACGAUGGAACCUUACUUUUGUCAAACUCUAUGGACUCGCGUUUAGUGGUUUGGGACGUUCAGCCAUAUUGCACUGAAAGCAGUCGUGUUAAGACAGCUUUGUUUGGGCCAACCCACUCGGUUGAAAAAAACCUUAUUCGUGCCCGUUGGGGUAAGGAUUCCAUUAUUGCCAGUGGCUCUGCUGACAAUAUGGUAUACAUAUUGGACACCAAUGACAACAAGGUUCUGUACCAGUUACCCGGACACCUGGGCUCCGUUAACGAGGUCGUACUUCAUCCAAAUGAGCCUAUAGUGGCCUCUGCAUCAUCGGACAAGUGCAUUUAUAUGGGCGAGCUACUUUAAUCACAGCUGCCCAUUAUUCGUAUCACAAACAUCGCACGGAACCACUACAGCG